AUGACAAUACCGCAAAGUGUUAAAAAAGAAUCGAUUCAAGCAUGUCCAUCCUUUGAUAAUAAUAACAAAGGUUCAUCACAACAGGCAUCUAUCGAAGGCAAAUUAGAUUGGUCACCAAAAAUACAAGGUAAUCUUUCCGAACGAUUUGGUGCCAAAUGGAUAUUUGGUGGCAGUAUUCUCGGUGCUGGCAUUCUAACAUUACUAAUACCACUUGCUGCUCGAAUUCAUGCUGGCUUACUUAUUGCUGUUCGAAUAUUGAUUGGUGCUUUUGAGGCUCCAGCUCUUCCAAGUGCCAGUGCGCUGUGGGGUCGAUGGAUCCCACCAUUCGAACGAAGUGUUGUCCCGCCUCUCGCUUCUAUAGGUGCUUGUGGAACAUCCGUAUUUCUUGUCUUAGUUGGUUAUAUCGGAUGUAAUCAUACGUGGGCCACUGUUUUCAUUACUCUUGCCGUUGGAUUUAUGGGUUUUCAAACUUCUGGUAGUCUCAUUUCACAUUUGGAUGUUGCAAAUAAUUAUGCAGGUACACUCGUUGGAAUUACCAAUACGUUAGCUGCGAUUCCAGGCUUUGUAGGACCAACGUUUGUCGGUUGGAUAACAAAUAAUAAUCAAACAGUUGAAGCAUGGCGUGUCAUCUUCAAUGUUUCAGCUGGCAUAGGUCUUGCCGGAUCUCUUGUCUACUGUCUUCUCUUCAAUGGCGAAGAACAACCGUGGAAUCGAUCCAGCGAGACACAAACUACUAAACAUGCGCAUAAAUGUACCAAAAUGCAAACAUCAAAUGCUUAA